AUGGCUCCCACAAAGAAGGGUGGAGAGAAUAAAAAGGGCCUUUCUCCCAUCAACAAGGUGGUGACCCGAGAAUACACCAUCAACAUUCACAAGUGCAUCCAUGGAGUGGGCUUCAAGAAGAGUGGUCCUCGGGCACUCAAAGCGAUUCAGAAAUUUGCCACGAAAGAGAUGGGAACUCCAGAUGUGUGCAUUGAUACCAGGCUCAACACAGCUGUCUGGGCCAAAGAAAGAAAGAAAGUCCCCAAUCGAAUCUGUGUGUGGUUGUCCAGAAAAGGUAAUGAGGAUGAAGAUUCACCACAUAAGCUCUAUACUUUUGUUACUUGUAUACUUGUUAACCACUUUCAAAGAUCUACAGACAGUCCAUGUGGAUGA